CUCCCCAAAAAUUGUAUACGCAAAUUAUGGUAACUAUGGCAAUAUUUGGAUGGUAUUAGGGCUACCUACGCGAUCUUACUCAUCAAAUUUUACCAAUAUUAAAAAGUCGCAACAUAUUACCCUCUAGAUUAAUCAUUAACCUGGAAUAGUUACUAAUGACGUAAUUUAUAAACAAACUACAAUAUGGCUGCCAAUAUACCAGCAAAUCUUAAAGUUAUCCAGCCAUUUCUUAAGCUUGCAAAGGAGUAUGAAACUAGAGAUCCAAUCGUGGCAUACUGGAGUCGUUAUCAUGCAGUCCAAGUGGGUAUUAAAAAUAAAACUAAAGAAAAUGUUUCUUUUUUAAUGAAUUUAAUGGAUCUCUUGGAAAAGACCAAACAGAGUCAAAGUCAUGAAGAAGCCAUAACUAAUGAUGUGGUUGCCCAAGCUCAUUUGGAGAAUAAGGGAGUACAAUUAUUUUUGUGGGCAGAUUCUGAGGAUAGAGCAAGUCGGUUCAACAAGAAUGUAGUCAAGUCAUUCUACUCUGCAUCUCUGAUAUUUGAUAUUCUUACCGUUUUUGGUGAACUUAAUGAUGAGAUUGCAGCUCAAAGGAAAUACUCUAAAUGGAAAGCAGCCUAUAUUAAUAACUGCCUUAAGAAAGGAGAAACACCUGUACCAGGUCCCGUUGGUGGUGAUGGUGAAGAUACUCAGCUACCAAACAUAGCUAGUGGUCCAGGACUACCCUAUCCUGAACAACCUCCAAGCAACCUGCCAAACUUGCCUCCAUCUGUUGUUUAUCCUCCAGGAGGCCCACCUGCAACUCAAAACCCCCAACAACCCCAGUACCCAUCCCAACCUCAAUCCUACCCAGCAACAAAUGCUCAACCACCACAGGCACACCCAAGUCCUCAAAGUUCAGCCACCUCAUCUAAGACUCAUUUGGAACCUAUGGAUUAUGCAAAGGCUCAGAAAUAUUGCAAAUAUGCAUCAAGCGCUUUACAGUACGAGGAUGUUAAUACAGCCAUUGAUAACCUACAGAAGGCAUUAAAACUUUUGCAAACUGGGAAAGAUUCAGGAUGAGAUCGAAUUUAUUUUCACUAGGAUAGAUUCGAUCAUCGCUAGGAUAUUCUGUAAAUUUUCAUCUUCAAAGAAACUGUUUCCAUUUCUGUUUCAUGGUAAAUGUUCCAAAGGUGAAAACAUGUUUCAAAAUAAAUACUGUAGUUAAUUUAGUUGGACCUUUGUAGCAAUUACAAUGAAACAAAUUAACUAUUGAACUAAAGUAACUAUUAUUGAUAUGAGUGUGUGGUAAUGUAAUCUAAAAUAAACCAGUAAGUAAAAAUA